UACAAGAUGGUGUCUUACCGCAUGUGUUGCAGUUGUUAGUGUUCUAUAAGAAGUACAGGGAUUUUUCUCAUUGCAGGAGCUGUUUAUCGCUUAACAAUGGAAGUUGAACAAACGACGAGGACUGGUAACGAGCCCAGCAGCAGUACGGGCUGUCAGAACGUGGCCGAUGAGUUUAAGCAAGUUAAAUCAAAGAAAAACAACAAGCGAAAGCGUCAAGUUGACGAUGGGCAGAUGGAAACUGAAGUUCAUAGGAAGAGACCCGAAUUUCCACCCAUUUCUGGAGACAAAAUGAAGGGAGAUUCUGAUGAAAUGCGAAAAAUCCCUGUACCGUCACAUCGGUAUACACCUUUGAAAGAAAACUGGAUGAAGAUCUUCACUCCCAUCGUAGAACAUUUACAGUUACAAGUCAGGUUUAACCUUAAAACAAGAAAUGUUGAAAUAAAAACCUGUAAAGAAACACAAGACAUAAGUGCACUUACCAAAGCAGCAGACUUUGUGAAAGCAUUUGUACUAGGAUUUCAAGUGGAGGAUGCCCUAGCCCUUAUCAGAUUAGAUGAGCUGUUUCUAGAAACCUUUGAGGUCACCGAUGUUAAACCGUUGAAGGGAGAUCAUCUUUCCAGAGCUAUAGGAAGAAUAGCAGGCAAAGGAGGAAAAACUAAAUUUACAAUUGAAAACGUGACCCGGACAAGGAUUGUCUUAGCGGAUACAAAAAUACAUAUUUUGGGAUCUUUCCAGAACAUUAAAAUGGCACGAACAGCUAUAUGCAACCUCAUUUUGGGAAGCCCUCCAUCAAAAGUUUAUGGUAACAUUCGAGCAGUGGCCAGUCGAACUGCAGAGAGAUUUUAGGAAAUUCUGGACAAUUGGGACAUUUUUGGGUGUUCUAGAAGUACAAAUCACUGUGACUGAGGCCUGCUGGAGUUUGACGAUUAAAGACUUCAAGGCACCAACAAUUUGUAAUUGUAAUUAACUGCAUUGUUAUACUUCACUGUGGAUCAAUGAUGAACUUAAAUCUGAAGCACAGAGUUAAGUUGUGAAUUGUAACUUUGUUGUGGAAUAAAGCUACAUCAACAGCUGA